AUGGCAUCGGCUCGCUCUGUUGUGCUCCAGGUGCUGGUGGUCACCGCCGCACUCGCCGCGGUGCCGUGCGUCCUCUCGGACCCGACGCCGCUCCAGGACUUCUGUGUGGCCGACCUUAAGGCGGCGACGGCGCUCGACGGGUUCGCGUGCAAGCCGCCUGCCACCGUGGUGGACGAGGACUUCUUCUCGACCGCCAUCGUCUCCGGGCCCAGCACAAGCAACCCUUUCGGCGCCAACACCACGCGCGCCACGGUGUCGGCCUUCCCUGGCCUGAACACGCUGGGGCUCUCCAUCGCGCGCAUCGACCUCGCACCAGGCGGCCUCAACCCGCCGCACUCGCACCCUCGGGGCUCGGAGCUGGUGCUGGUGCUCAAGGGCGAGGUCAUGGUCGGGUUCACGUCGUCGGCCAACCGGCUCUACUCCAAGGUGGUGAAGGAGAACGAGCUCUGCGUCGUGCCACGCGGGCUGCAGCACUUCCAGCUCAAUGUCGGUGCCGGGGACGCGGUGUUCGUCGCUAUGUUCGACUCGCAGUCACCGGGCUUGGUAGUGCCAACAUUCUCGCUCUUCGCGACCAAGCCGGCCAUGCCGAUGGAGGUGCUAACCAAGACGUUCCUCAUGGGCGAGGACGAAGUCGACGUUAUCAAAUCAAAAUUCGCGGGCUUUUGA